AUGAAGCCGAUCACGUUCGAGUCGAUCCGCAAUCUGCUGAAGACGAAGAAGAAGCAAAAGGACAAGUCCAGUAUCGACCAGAGCUUCAAGCGGAGCGACUCGUUCAAACGGAUCAGCAUCCGCAAGAGCUACCUCGAGCGGGGCCGCAAGCGCAAUGCGGCGGCCGUGCUCCGCGGGUCGACCAAGAAUUUGGUCAACAUCAGUGAGUUCGAGGAUCAGGCCCGACUGGUGAAGAAGGGCUCGGAGAAGCUCCGCACGAGUUCCGCGAGUGUGGAUCCGGACCCAAACGCAGCGGCCAUUCAGCCAGCGACGGCAGACGGAACUACGUCCGGGACGUCAGCCCGGAACGAGCUGACCGUCGAGCAGCGGCUCGAGUCGAGCGAUGCGACGCUGGACGAGAAGAUCCGGGCCCUGCAGGAGAUCAACGAUCGGUACAUCAACGAAAACAGGCAUCUGAUCGAGCGAACGUACGAGGCGAACCGGCGGGUCGAGAAGAUUAAAAUAAAGAAGCCUCCGAGACCGUCGAAACAGCAGACCCCACCACCGCCACCACCCGGCAGCGAAGUACAAAAUGGCGAUCUCACCAAAUAUCAGACUCCCGUGGGGGGAAGUUCCAAACCGAGUGGAGAAGGUCGGGUGAAGAAUGUUUCGCACGUCAACAUUAACGUCAGCACGGAAGCGAUCCCGGAGGAGGAUGAAGCGAACCCGGAACCACUUCCGAUACCGGGAGCUCGCCGACAGCCACAGUCGGUGGAUGAUCCUGGGGACGAUAAGUCGUUCUACAGCAUCAGUACGUUCACGAUCGAGAGCAAUACGCUGACGAAUCCUGGUCACGAUACGGGUCGUCUUGGAAGUUACCCACAGCUAACUGACACGGCCACCGCCUCGUCGAAGAAGUCGUUCCGCAGUAGCUUCAGCGCCGGGACGGGGAAGACCCUGACGAGCACGAGCACGGCGACGGCUACGGCAACCGCGACCAACGAGCUGCCCACACUGGUCACCAUCCGGACGUACUGUGAGCCCAACUCGUCGAUCCAAUCGACCACGCACGUCAACGAGCGGUAUCUGGAGACGAGCUUCGACAACCCGGAUCCGGAACCGGCGGGGACUACCGCCGGGGAGCGUCCACGUCCGGCGGACCGACACAAAAGUUCACCCCAGGUCCAGGCGAGGAUCAACACGCAGACGUUCAAGAUGAUACGGAGCAGGUCCCGCGAUGGGAUCGUGAUCCGAAUCCCGGCCAUGGACCCGACGAAGCGAACUACGGAGGGUUCCGAGAUGGAGAAUCUCAACCGGCAGCUGAGUAACGACUCGGCCCUGGACUUGAUCGACGUCGACAUCCGGGUGGACGAGAAGGAGCUCCAGCAGCAGCGUGGUGGAUCGACGACGACCACCGUUAGCUUGGGUCCCACCGCCGUGGGCACGGUGGAGUUGAAGAACCAGAAGAACAACAAGUACCGCAAGAAGGCCAAAUCGGCCGGCAAGACGAACGGACGGACGGGAACGCUGGACGUCGUGGACGUCCCGACGAACGGGCACGAGAACUUUGAACUCCAGCGCACCCCAAAGGACCCGGUGGCUGAGCCGCCCAAGUUCCUGUUCCCGAGCCCGUACUUCGAGGAGGAGAACACUAUCUUCUACGACCAACAGGGCCAGCUGUACGACGAAGCGGAACUGGGGUCGCCCGAACCCAGCAUCCCGUACGCGCUGCGCAUCAAGGAGAACCCGUUCACGAAGAACAAGGAGUUCUACUCCAUCAACACCGGGCGCAUCUGGAAGCAGCUGAACCUUGGCCAGCAGGAGGAAGAUCUGUCGAUCCUCUCGACUGGAGCUGGAGCCGGUGGCCCGAGGUUGGUCCCGCCGCCGAAAGUCAAGAACGAGUCGUUCAAAUCGAUGUCAUCACGUGACUCCGGCUUCAGUCUGACGUUGACCAAGCCCAAGAACCUGUUCCGGCGCAAGUCCAAGAAGGCUACGCUGCUCCAGCGAAGGAAACCCCCGAAGCUGGCCGUUAGCCGCGAUGGGUACUUCAAGCGCGUGAUGGUCGUCCAGCGGAACUCAUCGAAGCGGAAGAAGUCGAUUCGCAAGCAGCGCGUCCCGAGUCGGGACAUUUUCCGCGAGCUGUACGAUGAGAACUGGAGCAAGCUGGGGGGUGAUGGCUUCGACGGUGGGGAUCCAGCGAGCCUGGCGGCUCUGGCAGCGGUGACGGCAUCGGCGGUCGGCGACGUGGAGGCACCGGACUUUGCGCGGGAUUUUGAGAACUUCUGCAACGAUCGGCGCUACAAUCAGGAGAUCCACGAUCUGGAGGCAUUCUACGAGGAGCACCUGAAGCGGCUCCGCCAUUACUACAUCCAGAAGAAGAAGAUGAACGAGGCCGCCAUCAAGGAGUUCUACCGGGACUACUCGGGGGCUGGGGCUGCUGCCGGCGCCGGUGGUGUCACUGUCCUGCCACCAUCAUCGGGCGGUGGGGACGAAGAGAACGAUUACUACGACACGUUUCUGGUGUCGAAGAACGAGACGAUCCGAUUCAAGAGCGCCCAGGUCGAGCGUUACUUUCAGCCCGAUGGGCUCGAGUUUAUGUUUCCCUUUCCGGACAAGCGCAAAAGUGGCCGCCCGGGUGGCGGCGGCGGCAGUACCCUCGGGUCGACCGCCAACGGCAAGCAGAAAGCUUCGGGUAAGUCGUCCCUCGGUGGAGGAACCGGUGGCGGCAUCGGCCUCUCGGCGUCCGCGACGUCCACGGCCAUUGCUGGUCGGAAGCAGUUGUUCCACGAAGUUCGCCCAUACGGAAGCCCUCUGGAACCACUGACGCAGAUGAUGCUGAUCGGUCGCCAGGGUGGCGAGCUGGAGCCUUCACGAGGAGCCGCCCAGGUCGGAAUUAGCACUCGCUACCAGGAGCCGUUCAUGUUUAAACGCAGCAUCUCGGCCCCGUUCGGGGACUCCAACUUCCAGCUGACCACACCGGGACAGGAGCGGGAUCUCAAGCGGGUCCGGUCGACAGGAACCGUACACCAGAACGAGAUCUCCCUGGCCAGUAUCUUCCCCUCGGUGAAUGCGGGGUCGAACGGUAAGGGCAAUCACGUCUACCACGAGGACGAUGAUGAUGAGGAGGAGGAGGACGAGGAAGAGGAAGAAGAUGACGACGAGGAUGACGAGGACGAUGAUGAUGGGGAAGAGUUCAGCGAGAACGAGUUCCUGAUCAACAGUCUCGGGGACAAUCUGUACUGUACGCGGUGUGACAAGGGCAACAGUGACUGUGAGUGCUUCGAGUGCGGCCCGGCGGCCGGGUCUCCGACGCGGAAGAGUGGUGUCUCCGUGAAACGGGGAAGUAAGCAUCGCGGCAGGGGCAGGGUCGCGUACGGCACGGCGAAGAGUGAAGUGGUGGUCGGUGGUAACGAGGAGGAAGUGAAUGGUGUGGCGGGAAAACGGUGCGUGGAAAACGGUGGUCCGGACCAUCCGGAAGAAGACGAUGAAGAAGACGAGGACGACGACGACGACGACGAAAAUGAUGAAAACUACUGUGACGUGUUCGACUUUAACGACAUCAACAUCAUCCACGUGAACCACAAGAAGAAAGUGAAGCGAAAAAAGUCCAAGAAGCGCGUCGUCCGGAAGAACCACUCGACGCUGAGGCGGGGCAGCUACUGGGGUGACAUCACUCAGAAAGGAUACGAAAAGAAGCGAACGAGACUCCUGCAGCCAUAUUUGUCCAAAAAUGUGCAGCACGGUACAGGCCGUGGCGGCAGAUUUGGAGGAGGCAGCAACAAUCCGGGCUACGUCAACGACAUCCAGUCGCACCUCCAUCAUUCAGCGUCCCAGCAGAAGCAGCAACAGCAGAACAUCUUUGCCUCCUCCGGCAGCAGUGGUGGUGGUGGUGGUGGUAGUAGUAGAGACAGAAAUGAUCGGUCCAGCAGUGGUGGACACCACCAUUCCUCGUCCCAUCAGCAGCGGGAGCAGCAACAGCGCGAGCAGCAGCAGCUACAGCAGAACCGAACCCGUCGCAGCACGCAACGGAAGGUGACGCACAACGAGAAGCGCUACCACUCAGCUGCUGGACGGCAGCCUGAUGUGCUGCAGGCGGAAGAGCCGGUCGUCCUGCGGCCGGCGCCCCAUCCGAUCUCCGGCAUUCCCGUGUCCCAUCAGCUGCUGCUCCGCAAACAGCAACAGCAGCAGCAACACUCACGCAGCAGCCAUCCCCCGCUGUCCACCACUACCUCAUCCGGUUCGACAUCCUCGGCGGCAGGUGGCGUCGCGUCGGCCCCUCACCACCACGACCUUCUUGUGCCAUCAGCCUCGGUGGGCCAGCAUCCGGCCGGCGGACCGCCGGGACUCUACUCCUCGGCACUGGUGGCGGCCGCCGCCGAGGCGUUGGUCCAGUUCAAAGCGACACGCGCCGCCCCACCACCACCGACGGCCGGAGGACGAGAGGAGCCGCCGGCCAGCGGCAAUGUGAUAAUGCGCCCCAAAACGCAUCCCUCGUCCACGGAACCGACGGACGAUCGGUCAAGUAAUAAUCCUGCCGGCGCGAUGGUGACGGCGGCGGCGGCGGCCGAGGGCAAGAAUAGUAGAAAUAAUAGGAGAAUUGGACGGCACGAGAGUCGCUACACCAGUGAGGUACGCCAGGAAGCGGUCCAACAGGCGCUGGCGGCGUUGAAAAAUCGUCCCAAACCUAGCUUACCAAUGCCAUCCAAGCGCAGCUCGGUCCUAAACCGUAGCCCCGAGCGCGAUCAUGACGAUUCAGACUCCAGUACGGAGGACGAAUCCAUACCGGAGGAGGGCGUGCUGGGCAGAAUAUCGACCCCGGACCGGGACAACUACAAUCUGCCCCGUGAUCACAUUCUCACACGGGAACCGAUGCGUCUGCCGUCGUCCCGGGAUCAUCACCACGGUCAGCAGCAACCGCUGCCAUCGUCGAAACAGGCCCCACCGCCCCUACCAACCCACCAUCGGCCACCACAAACCAUUCCGACGCAACCGCAGAACAUUACGCAGCAGCACGCAACGCUCUCGGAUACGUCCAGCGCCGGAUCGCCACCGGCCGUCCACCGUAAUCAGCACCACUCGGGCUAUCCGCAGCAGGGCAAGGGCGGUGGCUACGACAUGACGGAUCUGAGCGAGUUCCAACCCCAGCAGCGACCGUACGCCGCGCCGGAUAUCACACAGUUCUCGGCAAACACCCGGCGUGGGGCGGAUCGCGUCACGCGCUACGUAAACCUUGCCAAUCAGGAACCGGGCGAUACGAGUACGGCCGGUCGGUGGAAGGUUUCGGCGAAGAUACAGCAGCUGCUCAACACAUUGAAGCGCCCGAAACGGCGCCCACUGCCGGAGUUUUACGAGGACAACGAUAUCGAGCUGGAGAUCGCCGCCAAUCCGAAGGACCCGAACGCACCGAAACCGGAGGGCAGCAUCAUGACUCCGGUUCAGGGUGAACAGCUGAUCGUACCGUCCGGGUUGCCUCGCACCCUCGAAGCGGCCCUCCAGCGGUACGGAACGAGCUCUUUUAAGGCCCCGAUGGCGACGGUCCUCGAUCCGAACGGCAAGAUGACGACGACGCUCACCUACGGCAAGCUGCUUUCGCGCGCCCAGAAGAUCGCGUACGCUCUCUCGACGAAGGUGUUCAGCAAGGGCCCGGAACAGGUCGCCCUCAAGCCGGGCGAUCGGGUGGCCCUCGUCUACCCCAACAGUGAUCCCCUGAACUUCCUGACGGCCUGGUACGGGUGUAUGUUCCGUGGGCUGGUGCCACUGCCGAUCGAGUUGCCCCUCUCCAGUUCCGACUCGCCACCGCAACAGGUCGGCUUUCUGCUGAGCUCAUGCGGUGUCCACGUGGCGCUCACCUCGGAAGCCUGUCUGAAGGGGCUCCCGAAGUCAUCGACCGGGGAGGUGGCCAAGCUGAAGGGUUGGCCCCGGUUGCACUGGUUCGUGACGGAGCACCUGCCGAAGGUGCCGAAGGACUUUAACACGAGCAACAAUCGGAUCAGUGAGGACUCGAGUGCCUACAUCGAGUACACGACCGAUAAGGAGGGCAGCGUGAUGGGUGUGACUGUGACGCGGCAAGCAAUGAUUAGCCACUGCCGGGCCCUCACGAUGGCGUGUCACUACACCGAGGGCGAAACGAUCGUGUGCGUGCUGGACUUUAAGCGUGAGGUUGGCCUCUGGCACAGCAUCCUGACGGCGGUGCUGAACGGAAUGCACGUCCUGUUUAUUCCGUACGCACUGAUGAAGCUACGGCCCUCGUCCUGGAUGCAGCUCAUCACCAAGUACCGCGCGUCGUGCUGUCUGGUGAAGAGCCGCGACCUACACUGGGGACUGCUGGCCACAAAGGACCACAAGGAGAUCUCGCUUUCGUCGCUCCGGAUGCUGCUCGUGGCGGACGGUGCCAAUCCGUGGUCGCUUUCGAGUUGUGACCAGUUUCUGAGCGUGUUCCAAACGAAGGGCCUGCGCCCGGAUGCGAUCUGUCCGUGUGCGAGCAGCUCCGAGGUGUUUACGGUGUCCCUGCGACGCCCGGGGCGAUCGGCAGCCGGCGGAUACAAUCAGUCAGCGACCGGGCGCGGUGUUCUGUCGAUGUCCGCCCUUUCGCACGGGGUCGUGCGUGUGGACAGUGAAGAUUCCCUUACCUCCCUCACGCUGCAGGACUGUGGGCAGGUUAUGCCGAGUGCUACGAUGGUUGUGGUGAAUGCCGAAGGACCUCCGGUGCUGUGCAAGACGGACCAGGUCGGUGAAAUCUGCGUUACCUCAGGCUCGAGCGGUACGGCCUACUACGGUCUGGAGGGCAUGACCAACUCCACCUUCAAGGUCCAACCACUGGCGGACGCGCCCGUUACGAAGGACGGCGAAACGAUCCCGGCUAAGCCGAUCAACGACGAGAUGUACGUCCGGAGCGGACUGCUGGGCUUCCUUGGUCCCGGCGGGCUGGUAUUUGUGUGCGGUUCUCGUGACGGUCUGAUGACCGUAACGGGUCGGAAGCACAACUCGGACGACAUUAUCGCCACGGUGCUGGCGGUCGAACCGAUGCGCUUCAUUUACCGUGGCCGGAUUGCCGUGUUCAGCAUCCGGGUGCUGCGGGACGAGCGUGUUUGUGUGAUUGCCGAGCAGCGCCCGGACUGCUCGGAGGAGGAGUCAUUCCAGUGGAUGUCGCGGGUGCUGCAGGCGGUCGAUUCGAUCCAUCAGGUCGGUAUCUACUGCCUGGCGCUCGUACCACCGAACCAUCUGCCGAAGACGCCCCUCGGGGGCAUCCAUCUGACGGAGGCGCGCCGGCGCUUCCUCGAGGGGUCACUCCAUCCCGCCAACGUGCUGAUGUGUCCGCACACCUGCGUCACCAACCUACCGAAACCACGCGAAAUUCACCACGAUGCCUCCGUCGGUCCGGCCUCGGUUAUGGUCGGCAAUCUGGUGCAGGGCAACCGGCUUGCCUCUGCCCAGGGCCGCGACAUCGGGCUCGCCGAUGACAACGAGCGUAAGCACCAACUGAUCACGGGUGUGCUGCGAUGGCGCGCCAGCUCAUCGCCCGAUCACGUCCUCUACACGCUGCUCAACUCGAAGGGUGCGGUCGCGAAGACCCUAACCUGCUCGGAGCUGCACAAACGGGCCGAGAAGAUUGCGGCUCUCCUCCAGGAGCGGGGCAAGGUAAACCCGGGCGAUCACGUCGCGCUGAUCUUCCCGCCGGGGCUCGAUCUGAUCUGCGCCUUCUACGGGUGCCUGUAUCUCGGUGCCGUGCCGGUUACGAUUCGGCCACCGCACCCGCAGAAUCUCAUCACCACACUGCCCACCGUGCGGAUGAUCGUGGACGUGUCGAAGAGCGGCAUCAUCCUGUCGAUCCAGAGCAUCAUCAAGCUGCUGAAGUCGCGCGAAGCCGCCACCUCGAUCGAUCCGAAAAGCUGGCCCACCAUCCUGGACAUCGAGGACAACCCGAAACGCAAGCUGGCCGCCAUCGCCAACUGUACGCUGGAUUCCACUGCCUAUCUGGACUUUAGCGUGUCCACCUGCGGUCGUCUGAGUGGCGUCAUCAUCACGCAUCGCUCCCUGUCGAGUCUCUGUGCCAGUCUGAAGCUUGCCUGCGAGCUGUACCCUAGUCGCCAUGUGGCCCUCUGCCUUGAUCCGUACUGUGGCCUUGGCUUCUCAAUGUGGACGCUGAUCAGCGUCUACAGCGGUCACCACUCGAUCCUGAUCGCACCGUACGAGGUUGAAGCCAAUCCUAGUCUCUGGUUGAGCACACUGUCGCAGUACCGGGUACGCGAUACGUUCUGCUCGUACGGCGUGAUCGAACUGUGCACGAAAGCCCUCAGCAACUCGAUCCAGGCGCUCAAGCAGCGCAACAUCAAUCUCGGCUGCGUGCGGACGUGCGUCGUGGUGGCCGAAGAGCGGCCGCGCGUGCAACUGACACAACAGUUCUGCAAACUGUUCCAGGCGCUCGGGCUCAACACGCGCUGCGUUUCCACGUCGUUCGGAUGCCGCGUCAAUCCGGCGAUCUGUGUGCAGGGUGCCAGUUCGGCCGAAAGCGCCCAGGUGUACGUGGAUCUGCGCGCGCUGCGCAACAACCGGGUGGCGCUCGUCGAACGGGGUGCCCCCAAUUCGCUGUGCUUGGUCGAAUCGGGCAAACUGUUGCCAGGCGUCAAGGUGAUCAUCGCCAAUCCGGACACGAAGGGACAGUGCGGUGAUUCGCAUCUCGGCGAGAUUUGGGUUCAAUCACCGCACAACUCGAACGGUUACUUCACGAUCUACGGCGACGAGACGGACUAUAAUGAUCACUUCAACGCGAAGCUGGUGACGGGCUGCUCGACGAGCGACAUUUGGGCCCGCACCGGGUACCUUGGGUUCCUGCGUCGCACCGAGUGCUCCCAGGCAGGCUCGAUCCUGGACGAAACGACACCGAGCAUAGCUAGUCGCGAUUCGGAUACCGAAUCAAUUCACUCACAGGGUCACAAUACGCUCAACUCUACGACAAGUUCGAACGCCGGCGGCACCGCAACGACGGCCGCCGCUGGCAACGAGCAGGAACUGCACGAUGCGGUGUACGUCGUGGGCGCACUGGACGAGGUGAUCACGCUGCGCGGUAUGAACUACCAUCCGAUCGAUAUCGAAAACUCGGUUCUGCGCUGCCACAAGAAGAUUGCCGAGUGUGCGGUCUUCACCUGGACCAACCUGCUGGUGGUGGUCGUCGAGCUCGACGGCAACGAGUCGGAAGCGCUCGAUUUGGUUCCCCUCGUGACGAAUACGGUGCUCGAGGAGCAUCAGCUGAUCGUCGGUGUGGUCGUCGUUGUCGAUCCCGGUGUUGUGCCGAUCAAUAGCCGCGGCGAGAAGCAACGGAUGCACUUGCGGGACGGAUUCCUUGCCGAUCAGCUCGAUCCCAUCUACGUUGCGUACAAUAUGUAAAAAAAAAACAGGACGUGCUAUCUCUCUAGAAGUCACGACACCGGCGGACGACGCACCCCGAAAUGCCAACCAAACUGCCUCUCCACUGACACUGCAUUGCCUCCCAUAAAGUGGCCCACAAAAGCGCCGCAACACGCACAGUAAUGGACUCGAAAGGGGGAAAGCUUGCCGAAAGGACAAGGGUACGACAUAGGUGACGACCUGCUAUUGGCUACAGUAACAGGACAGGCCCCCCGGUGCCUAACUAUACAGACACGCACUGCACUGGCGGAAGCAGCAAAAUAUUUAAAUUUGAAGUUAGAACUAAAACCAAAUCAUAGACCCGAUACACUCGUGUGUGUGCGGCGACACACACGGUGCAAUAAGAAUACAAUAACGACAGAUUUUGUCGACGGCGAAACACAGAGAACGGAUGAGAUGUGAAGCGACACUAUAUUGAAUUUAAAGGAGUAACAAACAAUCGCACGAAGAGAACCAGAAAACCGAGACAACCGAGCAUACGCACAUCACAAACCUUUAUAGAGUUGCAUAGCUGCUGACGGAACACGUAAUUGGCCGGAUGGACCGAUGCGAAAUUGGUAGUUAAUGUAUGAGAGAGGCGAGUUCCACUUCUACUUAUUGCACCAGGUUUUGGUGAACGCAUGUAAUCAGUGAAAAAAAAAACAAUUUAAACGGAAAUAGUAGCGAAAAAGGACACGGCACGAAGCGUGGUCACACUUAAAACGGUUCACACCUUUUCUCGAGUCGUUCUUAGUUAAUCUGUUCUUGUGAUCGGCAAAUCGUAGCACCUUCCAACAACACAACCAGCCCUCCCCACAACGAUCGGCACCAACAGCGUGUGUUUUUGGAUUUUUACUACUUCACGAUCUGCCCCGGGCCGUCCCGUGAGCUGUUUCUCCCUUUUCUUCCACGAUAAGCAUUACGAUUAUAAGUAGUAUUAGCGGUUAGAGAGCUCUGUACAUACUUAUCUUAACGAGUUGCGAGAGAAAACGAGGAACGAGGUAAGGAAAAAGAAUGACGACGAAUCCGGAUUCUUGAGCAUACCGUGAUUGGAGGAAGAAUCGACGAUAGCACCGGAUAGCAGACAGGUUGUUGCCGCGCUGUUUGCGCGUAGAGUAGGUUGAGUUGAAGGACGCGCAACGUCGCGGGAGUAAGGUAGAACAAGUCAACAAUUAUUACGCGUACUCUUCUCUAUCGUCUAACCGUAUACUUACAUUACACAAACCACCACCAGACACGCCGUGUAAGCACACAGGACAAAGUCCCGCGAGGAAGGCUCGGUGGGCGAAAAUAAAAGCAGUUUUUCCUGUUCGAUUGACACGACUUCAGUUUUCCCUUACGCCACUACACGCCACACAAAGCGGACGCUUCCAUCGUUUCUUCGAUCCUUAGGACCAUGUUGCAGAAGGGUAGU